CGCGGUGAGCCGUGCAUCAACCGUUAUUCAACCUACACCGUUUCGGACUACUAUGGCGCAAUGCAGAUGUACGCCACUCUACGAGCAACCAGAGUCGGAUGUGGAAAAUACCUGGGCCAUGCACAGGGUAACUGUGCUCAACGAUCUGAGGAAAUGGGAAUCUGAGCUUAUUGAGAAAAGUGACAUUCAGAAGACUAGUUACCCACAUUGGCCGACUACAUCGUGUAAAAAAGGUGUGAACCUCUAUCAUCCUUCAAUUGCUUUAUUUGAGAAGAGACGGAAUUUGGCAGAGCGUUUUGCUUUCAAAACCGAUGUUGCCUACAGCCGUGAUGCUUUAACAUGCCUUCCGUUACAGGUCGUCAAACCCAAUCCGCUGUUCCGACCCCACGGCACGCUUCAGCCAACUUACUAUGAGCCUCGCCUCAUUGAUCGUUAUCAAACGAGUGGAAGCCAGUGUCUCUCCAAGUAUGCAUUGCCGCAAAAGCACCAACAUGUUCCUCGGAAGGAGGAUGCUAUAUAUAAUACCCGAUACAAGACUCAACCCUGUUUGCACUAUCGGAGAAACAGGCUAUGUCCGUUGGGAGAAAACUGUCAUUUUGCCCACGGCCCUGAGGAAUUGUUACACCCACAAGCUCACCCGAAAUAUCGCACUAGGAUGUGCGCCAACUUUGUACGCGCUGGUUUUUGCCCAUUUGACAGUAAAUGUUACUUCCUGCACUCCAACACCCUGGCAUCUCAACCGACGAAUGCGUCAUUCACCGCCUUGAAUGAGUAUCAAACGGUUAUUUACAAGCAGAUUUGCAGUACGUGACUCCGAGAUCGGAUUUUCUGUUUAAUAUUUUUUCACGCAGAAUACUUUUGUUACUUUUUACUAUCUCGUACUGAUAUGGCUGAGGCCUGUUAUUCGUUUUGCUGCAUUGGUUGAUUACCGGACUUUUUUCUACUUGUGUUUAUUAAGUACGGAUUCUGCAACUUG